UUUGAUUAAAGUGGUGAAAAGAGAUGAAACCCAAGCCGUCAUAGAGUUCCAAAACAAACCACGAACCAAUGAAUUAGGAGAGGUGUGUCUAAACAGCAACUGUCAAAAGGGCUAGGAAUUCCAACUUUGUUUUGGGUUUUCAGUUUACAUGAACAAUGACUGCUAGUGUGUAAAUUGCACCAAGAACAUGCCACUGCAAGAUUAUCAUCCAGUUUAUUUCUUCAGCACAUUCUGAAUCCACAGAUAAUCAAUUACUGACUUGGGGACACUGGCUGUGUGCUGCAGAGGGAUCCAGCUAUGGAAGAAGCUAUGAAUGCAACAUUGUCGCUGCGGUGGAACGUGACUGACGAGCCCUUAAAUAUGAUAGAGACAGCAAUGAACUACAGUGACAACCGCAGUUUGAUUGAGAGAGCUGUCCAUGAGGCAUGUAUCACCUGGCACCCAGUUCAGAACUUCAUUCUCCCACUCGUCUACGUGGUGGUUCUGUUUGUAGGACUCUUCGGCAACUUCAUUGCACUUCUCAUUUUCCUUCAGAAUGCCUGGAAGAUCAAAAAAGCGAUCCGAGUGUACCUGAUUAAUCUUACGCUGGCAGACAUCACAUUCAAUGCCACUCUGCCUUUCUGGGUGGUUUACUACUUUAAAGGUGGAGACUGGAUCUUCUCAGAAGCCAUGUGCCGGAUGGCAGGAGUGUUCUACUAUGUGGCGACAUACAGUGCCAUGACCUUUAUGAUCCUCAUUAGCAUUAACAGGUACUGCACGGUACGAAUGACAAAGCUCCCAAUUCCUCUGAAUGAACCAACGGGAUCUCUGUACACCUGCGGCUUCGUCUGGAUGUUUUGGUUAGCUUGCGGCAUUCCCGCUUUGAUGCAGCGACAAACGAACAGGUGGGGACUUAACGCCACAAGGUGUUUCGAAGAAUACUCUGACAGAAGAAGUUACGUGUAUGCAUCUUUCGUAUUCUUCCUCAUAUCCUUCUUGUUCGUCCUACUGAGCUACAUUUCAAUUAUGAAAGCUCUUUCCUCCCAGGGGAACGCUCUGAAGGGCAUGCAUCGAAGGUUGGCAAGGUCAAUGGUGCUAGGAAUGCUUAUUGUAUUUUUGGUCUGUGUUUUACCUUACCACCUUUCCCUAAUCCCCUGGGAGCUAAGCAGGGCUAACUCCAAAGAGGCAGCUGGCUGCUCCCCUCUCAAAGGCAUAGACAUAGUGCACAAACUGAAUUUGGCUCUGCUGAGCAUGAACAGUUGUGUUGACCCCAUCAUCUACUGCUUCUCUGUGAAGAGAUUUCGCCGAGAGUUGAACAAGAUAUUCAGAAAACUGGUCCGCCGUUUGCCAUUUCAGCCACAUACGAUCGAGCCUUCAGAGACUCACAUCAGGUCAAAUUCACUCACUACCUCAUAAACUUCAAGUGAUAAGAACUUGCAUCACAUCUUAAGUGAUGUGUCAGCGUCAAUUUCGUUCCAGUGCUUUACACCUCUUCAGCUCAAGUAGAAUACCUGAGGCCUUCCAUGGGUGAAAUUACUGUCAACUUUAUUGUUAUAAAGCACCACUGGGCUCUUUCCAUUUGCACCCAGUACCAGACGAAACUUGACGGCUCAAAAGAUGGUUGUGACACUUUCGAUGAUUGAAGAAUGGAUUCUCAUCUUCUAUUUUUAAUGUAUAAAAAUGCAAACAUGGACAUUUUCAGUAUUUAUUGCCAACUUCUGUGCCUGGAGCAUCAAAGACAAAAAUAUGGCAUAUCUGUCACAUUGAUAGUUUUGAUGGAACAUUGCCUACAUGAUAAUGUAUUGGGGAUAUUUUGGUGUGGGAGAUUUUCCAAAAAAGUUUACCACUUCUAAU